AUGGUUGAUUUUGAUGUCAUAAUGGGUAUGGAUUGGUUAGCUUCUUGUUAUGCUACAAUAGAAUGCCGAACUAAGCUGGUGCAUUUCCAUUUUCCAAAAGAGGCAGUCCUUGAAUGGAAAGGUAAUAUUGGGGCGCCAAGUGGUAAGUUUAUUUCUUAUUUUAAGGCGAAGAAGAUGAUGUCCAAAGGCUACAUAUGCCAAUUAGUAAGAGUAAGAAAUAUAGAUGCAGAUCCACCAACUCUUCAAUCUGUUCUGGUGGUAAAUGAAUUUCCUGAAGAUCUUUCGGGUUUGCCUCCAGAACGAGAAGUAGAGUUUGUUAUGUCAUUUGGGCUAACAAAUGCACCAGCAGCUUUGAUGAAUUUGAUGAAUAGGGUGUUCAAGCCAUUUUUGGAUGUGUUCGUGAUAGUAUUUAUAGAUGAUAUUAUGGUGUAUUCAAGAUCUGAAGAGGACCAUGCUAAUCACUUGCGGCAGGUGUUACAGAUUCUUCGUGAUCGAAAGUUGUACGCAACGUUCUCUAAAUGUGAGUUUUGGUUAAGAUCUGUGGCAUUAUUUGGUCAUAUUGUAUCUAAUGAAGGAGUAAGGGUUGAUACCCAAAAGAUAAAAGCUGUGAAGAACUGGCCAAGACCUACAACACCUACGGAGCAAAGGGAUCUGAACUUGAGGCAACGAAGGUGGAUUGAGUUAUUAAAAGAUUAUGGCAUUGAUAUCUUGUAUCAUCCCGGGAAGGCAAAUGCUGUAGCUGAUGCUUUAAGUCGUAAAAUGAUGGAAAACACUUAUGAACAGUCCAUAGGAAGGCAGCAAAUAACUAAAGAUCUACGUCAAUUAGCUAGCUUGGGGGUUCGCCUUCUUGAAUCUCCAGAUGAAGGAAUUAUUGUGCAAGAUGCUGCAGAAUCCUCAUUUGUAGCGGAGGUGAAAGAAAAGCAGUACACGGAUCCUAUCCUAUUACAGCUUAAGGAGAAUGUACAACACGUUAAAGUAGAGCACCAGAAGCCUAGAGGUUAUAUGCGGUGUAUAGAACUUCCAAUUUGGAAGUGGGAUAUGAUUAAUAUGGAUUUUGUCACUGGUUUGCCUCGUUCAUUUCGGAAGUUUGAUUCCAUAAGGGUGAUUGUUGAUAGACUCACCAAAGCAGCGCACUUUUUACUGGUCAAGACUACUUAUACAGUUGAAGAGUAUGCAAACUUGUAUAUUAAAGAGAUAGUUCGUCUACAUGGAGUGCCAAUCUCUAUCAUAUCUGAUAGAUGA